CGCCCUGCAAGCCUAGCCAGAGAGUCUUCCCCUGUGUGCGCGGUGCGGCCCUGGACCGGCCUGGGGACGCCGCUUGAGCCCAAGCGUCCUGUAGGAUGUGUGUGGCCUUAUAAGGAGGGCUAGGGUCUGAUGUGUUGGAGGAGCCCCUGCCCUGCACUUCCCUCUGAAGAGAAAGGAAAAAAGGCCUGCUGUCUCUGGGAUGCGGUAGCCACAUUGCAGCAGGAGCCCUGAACGUCCACUGCCCAUUUCGUCAACAUGGAGGUCUGAAGUCCAUGUGGCUCCUUGCGGUGCACCAGGUGCUAAGGAAAAUGCAGAGGCGCCACAGUAGCAACACUGACAAUAUUCCACCUGAAAGAAGCCGCAGCCAGGCCCUCAGCCCCGAGGCCAGCGUGGAUGAGGGUGGCGUAUUUGAGAGCCUGAAGGCAGAGACAGCGUCCCCUCCAGCACUCUUCUCAGGCCUGGCAGGUGGUCUGCCUGCCAACCCCUUCCCAGCAGGUCUGGUGCUGGGCUCCACAGCAGGGGGCGGGGACGUGUUCAUCCCGAUGCCAGCCACCAGGGAUGAGGCCGGUGGCCGCAGCACCGAAGGAAGCAGCUACCACCACCGCCAGCCCCACCACCACUUCCACCACGCCGCCCACCGUGGGGGCUCCCUGCUGCAGCAUGUAGGUGGGGACCACCGUGGGCACUCGGAAGAAGGGGUCGACGAGCAGCCAGGGACUCCAGCACCCGCACUGUCCGAGCUGAAGGCUGUGAUCUGCUGGCUGCAGAAGGGACUGCCUUUUAUCCUCAUUCUGCUGGCCAAACUGUGCUUCCAGCACAAGCUGGGUAUUGCCGUGUGCAUCGGGAUGGCCAGCACCUUCGCAUAUGCAAACUCCACCCUCCGGGAGCAGGUGUCAUUGAAGGAGAAGAGAUCGGUCCUGGUCAUCUUGUGGAUUCUGGCCUUCCUGGCAGGGAACACACUGUACGUCCUCUACACCUUCAGCUCCCAGCAGCUCUACAGCAGCCUCAUAUUUCUGAAGCCCAACCUGGAGACCCUGGACUUCUUUGACCUGCUCUGGAUCGUCGGGAUCGCCGACUUCGUGCUGAAGUAUAUCACCAUCGCCCUCAAGUGCCUCGUUGUUGCCCUGCCGAAGAUCAUCCUGGCUGUUAAGUCCAAGGGUAAGUUUUAUCUGGUUAUCGAGGAGCUGAGCCAGCUGUUCAGGUCACUUGUUCCCAUCCAGCUGUGGUACAAAUACAUCAUGGGAGAUGACUCCUCCAACAGCUACUUCCUGGGAGGGGUCCUGAUCAUUCUCUACAGUCUGUGCAAGUCUUUCGACAUCUGUGGUCGCGUGGGUGGAGUCAGGAAAGCGCUGAAGCUCCUCUGCUCCAAACAGAAUUAUGGGGUCCGAGCCACGGGGCAGCAGUGCACAGAAGCGGGCGCUAUCUGCGCCAUCUGCCAGGCUGAGUUCCGAGACCCUAUGAUUCUCCUGUGCCAGCACGUGUUCUGCGAGGAGUGCCUCUGCCUGUGGCUGGAUCGCGAGCGCACCUGCCCGCUCUGCCGCUCAGUUGCCGUGGAUACCCUGCGCUGCUGGAAGGAUGGGGCCACAUCUGCACACUUGCAGGUGUACUGAGCGGAACACAAGUGUCUGGAGAUGCCAGAGGGCCCAGCACUGCUGAGCCCAGCCCUGAUGAUUCCUGGGAAACAACCUCCAGCGCUUUCUCCUGCCUUCCACCACCUCUACCUGAUGGCCCAGGGUCUCCCCACCAACACAUUCCUCAUCGCCCUGGUACAGUGUGUGCAUUCUGCCCCACCAGAUAGGGGAGCCCUCCUCAUUCAGGCUUAGCUUCCUGCAGGUAGGUGGUCCGUCCCCUCAAUCUCUCCCUAUUUAACCUGCUUCCUGCUGCUGGCACUCCGUGCUACAGACCAGUAUAAGCUGAAAGAGUACAGCCUCUCAGGACGUGACUCGGGUCUGGGGAGAAUGUUUAGCGUGCAAACACACCAGGCUUCACCCACCACACGAGGAGACUGAGGUGAAAAGCUGGAUGUGGUCCCAUCUAACACAGGCUGAUGAGCCUCCUGUGCAGACGCCAACAGAGCUAGCUUGUCAGGAGUGCAGAGGCCGGGCUCAUGUCCCUGUCCCUCAGUAGCCGAGGAUCAGUGGCCCAAGUGUCUAGCACGGCAGAGGCGGCCUGCACUGAGCACACAGGCUGGGGAUGCUGCCUCCCGAGGUCAAGCAGUGGGAGCCAUGGAAAGACUUGACCAUCCUGAUUUCUUUUUUUCCUGGGUGCAUGCUACUGGGCCUCUGUCAUUUCUUCUCUCCUCAUCCUCUUCUGUAACUCCCUCGCUGACAGCUCAGGCCUGUGCAGAGCUCUGGUGGACAUGGCUGCCUCUCCUGGGAGCCUUCGAAGCUAACAGUUCAAUCCCUGUCCUAGAUGGCGCACGGCUCAGGAACAAUCAAUUCAUUUUCCCCUCCCUCUCUCUAGUGAGGUAAUUAGCUCAGAGAAACAACAGCCCUUCCAGCCUUUUCUUCUAAAAAAGAUUGUUUUAUAUCUUUAACCAAAUGCCAGAGAGGGGCCACAGGGAGCACUGGGAGCAGGCUCGCAGGUGCGCUUCACAUGCCAGUCCCCAGGACACAGCCGCUGCUUCCGUUGGGAAACUCUGCUUGGAAACCUGGGUUGAGAUAUAGCACAGGUGACCAUGCAGAAGCCUCCGGAAGCCUGCCUGCCUGCCUUCACCCUCUCCCAACUCUGUUUUCUCAUUGUUGAUGUCCCCACAACAGGCUGGCCCCAGCCAAAUUUGAGAAAACUCUGCAUGGCUAAUGGGCAGAUUAGCAGCAUUCAAGCCCUGGGGGAAUUGGGGGUCUCACUGCCAUCUCCCUCCCCCAGGAGGUCCAGGACUCAUGCUCCUGGGUAACCCCUCGCCUGGAUUGCUUCCUUUCUCCUCGGCUCUUCCCUGGUACCAGCAAGACACCCUUUCCAGGAGACCAUAGCAUCCUUCAAGCUCGGUUACUAUGGCAAUGGCCAUGAUGUUAAACAAUCCUGCUGUCUGGAUGUUCUAAGAGGAAAGGGAGGAUGGGCUCCUCUGUUCUCUCUGGCCCAAAGGGCACCUAGGAAGAGCCGGUGGGGCUGCCUGCAGCUGGUUUUCAUCAGAGAUCACUUUGUCUGGAAACAUCUGUCAGCAUUUUGGAGGGAUUGGAGCUGGGGGAGACUCACAGAAGUGAAGCAUGGGGUGGAGCAGAGGCAGCUAUUGGGAGUGGGGCUUGGAAACCUGACCCCAAGCUCUGCAUGAUGAUGUGACAUCCCUAUACCCUGUAGCCAUCAGUGGGGUUACAAAACCUAGCAUGUUGUGUUACUUACUGGGACUGAGAAAACUAGCAGGCCUGCAGGUGUAGCCCAACGAGUAGUGUGCUUGCUUAGCAUGCAGGAAGCCCCAAGUUCCGUGCCCAGUGCCACAUAAACUAGACACGGCUGUGCAUGCAUGUAAUGCCAGACUGGGAGGUAGAGGCAGGAGGAUCAGAAGUUCAAGGGCAUUCCUUGGCUACAAAGCAAGUUCCAGGAUAGCCUGGGCUACCUGAGACCCCAUUUUGAAAGGGAGAGAAGAGGAAAGCAGUGUGGGUUACCGGCGGAUGCUCCAGGGGUUUUACCACCCCCAUUAUUUCUCUAACACUGUGGAAAUGUAAACUGUCCCCCUGCCAUAUAAAGAAGGCACAGGUGGGGGCAUUCCCUAGUGAGAUGAUAGACAGCCUAGGAUCUUACUUGUUCAUUUUCCACGCUGUGAGGGGGACAUCUCAUCAGGGGCUUUCUCCCAGCUUAGAUGACUCGGCUUCUGUCUUAGCUAGGGCAGAGUUUCCCAAACACCGGGCUAUGGAGAAGUGUCCCCUGGAGAGGGGAUCAGUGGAGCAUCCAUCAGGUUCUGUGUCUGAUGCCCAGUAUCUGUGAGACAGAGGCUCAAAUCGCACUGAAUCCUCAGAGUCUUGUUUGUGCAUAAGAACCUGAGAAUAACAUUACAGGGAGACUGGAGAGAAGCCAGCAGUUAAGAGUGCAAUUUCCAGCACUCACAUCAAGGGGCUCACUACUGUUGACUCCAGCUCCAGGGAAUCGGGGGCUCUCUUCUGACCUCCGCAGGUACCUACACAUACACGAAGAGUAUAUGGGGGGAGGGGCAUGUGCACACACAUAAUUUAAAACAAAAUAAAUCUUCAAGAAGUGUGUGGGAAGAAGAAAGGCCUGCUUUGGACUGAGCUUGACAGGGCCAGCAUUUUCCAAAGGGAAUGACAUACAGGUAUGGAGCAUUGGGACCGUCCGUCCUGAUGCUAAGGACGAAACGGGAGCAGGCCUGAAGUCUGUGGUGCUUUCCUUUGGCACAUGGCUGUCUUUGGUGUCUUUGAGAACCUUCUGCCAAUAAACCUUCUCUGUGGACGCAAC